UUUUUAUGACGCCAAGUGAAGAAAAGAAAGAAUACAAAAUAAAAAUAAUAAAAAACCAAAAAAAGAACAUCAUCGCUAAUUUAUUUUGGUCAGAAAGUCUACGAACGAGUUUUAUGAGUAAAUGGACAUGAUUCCCGACGAAAAAUUUGAAGCACACUGUACAAUGAUGCUUGUUACAGGAGAUGAACAUCAACAAAAAGAACAAAUCGAACAACAAGAGCAACAACAACCGUAUGACAUAAGGCUCAGCGCAUUCAGCGACAUAUACAACGAAUAUUUAUCAGAUCAUUCAGAAAUUGAAACAGCGUCAACAUCUGAUACAGAUUCGUCGUCAAGUGCAUCACUUUCGAAUCCAACAAGCAUAACAUCGAAGGAAAAUUACGAGAACAUCAGAAACAAUCAAAAAAAGUCGCCGGAUAUACGCAGUAACUUACACAACAAUCAAUUGUUUGGUGUACAGUUGGAAGUGAAUUUUCUAUUGUUAGAGGCCGAACGAAGGAAACUUAAAGUUUUAAAACAGGAACUGAAUCUCUCGCUCGAUGACUGUGACAAACUCGAGCGUAAAAAGAGAAGUCAUAAUCAAUGUCAUGAACUUUUACUCGCAAUUUCACGAAUACAAUCGCAACAUAAUUUGCUUGAAAAGGAGCUUGCCGAUCACACGAUUGACAUUUUAAAAUAUUCAAACAUCAGAAUCAUUGAAAAGAAUAAUCGAAAUCAACCUGCAAUUGGACUGAAACAAACUUCUAAAGCGAGGGUGAGUCAUACUUCCUUUUACAAAAAUUUCUUGAAAUAUCAUUGCAUUACAAAAAAGGAUACAUAA